GAGAAGCGGCAGAAGCGACCCUCCCGUGAUUCAAUCUCUGCGCGCAAUUCUCUCCCAUGGCUUUUCCGGUGCCAGGCGAGGUUGGGUUGCAACUGCUCCUCUCCCCUCUUGGUUCUAAAAUUGUUCUUCGCACUGCAUGCUGUUCUGUGGGGCUUGCGCUUCCUGUUUACUCUACAUUUAAAGCUAUUGAGAACAAAGAUCAAAAUGAGCAACAAAGGUGGCUGACUUACUGGGCAGCUUAUGGAUCUUUUAGCAUAGCAGAAAUAUUUGCAGAAAAAGUACUUUGCUGGAUCCCACUUUAUUACCAUAUGAAAUUUGCAUUUCUUGUUUGGCUUCAGCUUCCCACUCUCAAUGGAGCGAGACAACUGUAUGAGAGUCACAUGCGUCCAUUUUUGCUGAAGCAUCAAGCUAGAAUGGAUCAGGUUAUGGAAUUUUUAUAUGGUGAAAUGGGUGCUAUACUGCUUUUGAUGAUUGUUUAUCCUAGUCUUGUGUUCACCACACCUCGCAAUACUUAA